AUGGGUGAGAUGAGGGUCGUUACUAAUGAUGAUAAGACUGCCAUUACUCCACCGCCGUCAUGGCCACCAGUGGUCCGAGUCGAUGUGUUGACUAAUUCGGAGCUUCCGGAACUGGCAGUGCCCAUCAAAUUAGGGGAAACCGACUCCAUUACCGAUUUAGUGGCUCAGGCAUGGAAUGACGCCAAUAGCUAUUUCCACGCCACCAACGAAGAAAACGAGAUUACCGUAACUCCAGGCAAUAUAGUGGUUGUGGUGGAUGAUGGUACGUUCCACCGAAUUCCCAAAAUCGAAGGCGCUACCAUAAAACAAGUGUCUGGAUCUAAACAGGGCCACGGGGCUAAAAGAGCUACCUAUAAGAGGAAAAUAACCAUCACCAAAUGGGCUAAACAAUUGCAAUACGUGUUAUCGGUGGCAUUUGGCGAAUGCAAGUAUUUAUUACUAUCUCCUUCUACCCCGGAAACCCCGAUCAAUUGGACUAUUACGGCGUCUACCGUCCAAAAUCUUCUGCCAUUGACGGCAGAAAUUGACGACGACGACGACAACGAAGCGGUGUACGAGUACGCCAGUCUUGUGUUGCUUAACUCGCUGACGCUUACGGAGACGGUGGACCCGUUUUUGUGUCAUGCCGAAAGCAGUGGCGGCAUCGAUCUUGCAAACUGGUAA